UCCCAAUUUGAUCAUAUCAUAGAGAUCCUCACAUAUUGUUAAUUUGAACUGUGUGCAUAUCAUAAUUAAUAUAUACAAGCAACAUUAAUGGCGUUCUGCAUUGCAUCAGCCUCUCAUAUAAUUUCCACUGCCUCUGUUUGUCAAAACCGUAGAGUUUUACUUGUAUCUAAUAGACCUACUGGCAGAAUUAGUGUACAAAAGCGAGUCCAGUGCAUUGCUAGCCCAGAACUUAAUACUUCAACGGCUGUUAGGCGAUCAGGGAACUACCAACCUUGCAUUUGGAACGAUGAUCACCUACUAUCCUUGACUAAUGAGUACACGGAAGAUACAUACAGAAAAAAGGCUGAAACGCUGAGGGAAGAAGUGAGGAUGAUGAUUAACAGUGUGAAAAACCCAUUGGAUCAGCUCGAGCUGGUUGACAACUUACAAAGACUUGGAUUGGCUUACCAUUUUGAAAAUGAGAUAAACGACAUAUUGAGCAAUGUUCACAAUAACAGCGAUGAUAAAUGGAAGAAAGGAAAUCUAUAUGCUACCUCUCUUGAAUUUAGACUCCUCAGACAACACAGUUACAAUGUUACUGAAGAAGUUUUUAAUAGUUUUAAGGACACAACGGGCGGUUUCCAGGCGUACCUUCAUGACGAUAUCAAAGCAAUGCUUGGCCUUUAUGAAGCUUCGUAUUAUGGGUUUGAAGGAGAAAGUGUCAUGGAGGAGGCUUGGCAGUUCACUUCUAAAUAUCUUAAAGAGCUUGACACAAAGGAUAUCGACCAGAAUAUAGCAUUGCAAGUGAAGCACGCAUUGGAUCUUCCAAUCCAUUGGUGGAUACCAAGAAUAGAUACAAGGUGGUUCAUAGAUUUCUACGAGAGACGAGAAGGCAAGAACCACCGUCUAUUGGAGCUUGCAAAGUUAGAUUUCAACAUUGUGCAGGGAAUACACCAGGAAGAUCUUAAAGACAUGAUACGGUGGUGGAAGAAUAGUGGGCUUGAAGAGAAGUUGAGUUUUGCCAGGAGUAGAAUUGUAACAUCAUUCUUGUGGGGCAUGGGGAUGGCUGCUGAACCUCAAUUUGCAUACUGCAGGAAGAUGCUUACUAAAGCCGUUGCUCUAAUUACGGCAAUUGAUGAUUUUUAUGAUGUCUAUUCUACCUUGCCUGAAGCUGAGUUGUUCACAGAAGCUGUUCAAAGGUGGGAUAUUAAUGCAAUGAAGCAGCUUCCACACUACAUCAAGAUAUGUUUUCUUCAGCUUUAUAAUUCGGUUAAUGAAAUGAUUUAUGACAUUCUCAAAGAACAGGAUGUAGAUGUCUCGCAGAUUCUAAGUAAAACGUGGGCAGGUUCGUUCCAAGCCUACAUGAAGGAGGCACAGUGGUACCACAGUCAAUAUAAACCAACGUUAGAAGAAUAUAUGAAAAACGCAUGGUUAUCGAUUACUGGCCCGACGAUGACACUUGUAUCAUACCUUGCUUCAAAAUAUCCAAUAACCGAAAAGGAACUAGAGUUUUUUGAAAGCGGACCGGAUUUAGUAUACUGGGCAUCCAUGGUUUUCCGGCUUCAAGAUGAUUUGGGAACUUCAUCGGAUGAGGUACAAAGAGGGGAUGUUCCUAAAUCAGUGCAGUGUUACAUGAAUGACACUAAUUGCUCUGAGGAAGUUUCUCGAGAACACAUGAAGCAUCUAAUGAGGCAGUUGUGGAAGAAAAUAAAUUUUUAUAGAGCUGAUACAAAUUGUCCCCUACCUAAAACUAUUAAAGAAAUGAUAUUGAACCUGGUGAGAACGUCCCAUUGCGUGUAUCUACAUGGAGAUGGGCAUGGUAUUGAAGGCCAAGAGGUUACGGAUGUUCUUUCGUCAUUAUUCUUUCAGUCUACUCCACUGUAGGAGAAAAACAUGUAUUUGCAUUAUCUUCUGAUUGCAAGACAAAGAAUAUCCAUGAUGUAUUUCAAACAAAUAUCGGAAAUUUUAAUCAUCUCUUUGAAGAACACAUAAAAUUCAGAGUAAUUAAGAAAGGCAUUAGACAUUCUGGUUCCAA